GCUACCAUACGCGGAAGCUAGCUACGCCCCAACCGCCUCCACUUUCCACUUCUCGUGGUAAAGCACCACGAACUCAGCCCGCAUGGCCUCGCCUUCUCACUCACCUACCUCACUGCAGCCUUCGCAUGCACUCCUCUUAUUAUACGCUUGCAUGCUUCGCAACAGUGCGCCGUAACAAAAGGCCGGAGACCAUGGAGAUCAUCACCAAGCGCCCCAGGGAGAGGCGGGGCAAUGCCGCCGACGGCGAGCCGCUCCCGCAGCUGCUCGACUCGCCGCUCCCCACGCCGCGCCGCUCGUGCGCCUCCGCGGACGCGCCCGGCAGCAGCCUGCGGUGCACCGCCUCGCCGCUGCGCACGCAGGUGCCCUUCUCCUGGGAGAGCUCCCCUGGCGUGCCCAAGAGCGGCAGGGACACGCGGGAGGAGACGAUGCCGCCGCCCAAGCUGCCGCCCGGGCGCUGGCCGCCGCAGUGCCCCACGAGGACGAACUGGUGCUACGGCAACGGGAGCGAGGCCAGCAGCGACGACUGCGACGCGUCGUCCUUCUCCGACGCCCUGGAUAGGACGUCCUCCUCGCCCGCGCGGAUCGGCUCCUUCGACCGGGUCACGUCCAAGCGCUUCGAGGACAUCUUCCUCGGCCGCGCCGAGAGCUUCGCCAAGGACCGGUCCCACUCCUCCCGCCACGCGCCCACGGGCGAGCCCAGCGCCGUCGUCGCCGCGUCGUCGUCCUCGGCGAGACACACGAAGCACUGGCGUCGACGCGGCAGCUCGCGCCCCCACGAUGACGACGACGGGGAGUGGCCGAAGAGCAACGACCCCGUGAAGGUCAUGCCGCGCGUCGAGCAGAUGUCCCCGAGAGCAUGCGGGCUCAUGGUGUUCUUCCCAUGGAGCGCGAAGCGGGCGGCCUGCGGGUUCAAGAGCCCGUCGACGACGCGUCACUCCGUCGCCGUUGAUCAUUCGCCCUCCCGCGGCCGCAGCAACCCCACCCUGAGCGACGCUCUGCAGGAGGACAACAAGACCGACGACAUGGACGUGCAAGACCCACCGCCGCAGCCGCGCGGGGAGAAGAGGAGCCGCGCGGAAUGGCAGGGCCGCGGGUGGGGCGUCUCGUCGCUGCUCGACACGAGCAAAAGGUACUGCACCGACGCACGGAAGGCCCUGAGCAAGCUAUCCAUCGGAUUGGGCGCUGACAGUGGCAGCGCGAGAGUUGGCAGGGAAAGGAGGAGCGGCACGCAGGAUGCCACGUCCACAACGACGACCGCGCCCGUCGUCGGCGCCAAGCUGACGAAACUCAAGUCUAACAGAAAUUAAGGGGAUUGGGAUUGGUCGGCUUGGAAUGCUACGAUAGAAGUUGCACAUUUCUAUGCAGAUAGUACUACUACUUCUUUGAUCUCCAUCUGUUCAGCUAGAUGAACUAAACUCAGUAGCAGAGCUACGGUAGUACUCCCUCCGUUUCUUUUUACUCCGCAUAUAAGAUUUGGUCAAAGUCAAACUACCCAAAUUUUGACUAAAUUUAUAUAAAAAAUAUAAACAUCUACAAUACUAAAACUAUAUAGUAUGAAAAUACGUUUCAUGGUGCAUCUGAUAAUAUUGAUUUCAUAUUGUGAAUGUUUAUAUUUUUUAAUAUAAAAUUAGUCAAACUUUAUAAAGUUUGACUUUGACCAAACCUUAUAUGCGAACUAAAAAGUAACAGAGGGUGUACGUAUGGA